CAAUUCCAGAACUUCGCAGUCAUUUUCCUUGCCAAGCCUGACUACAGCCCUCCUCCAGGAGCUGCCCAUCUCUGUAGCUGCAAGAAUGUCUAACCUGAGGGAGCUGUGCAAGGGGCUUCCCCUACACCCCCUGCCAGAGAACAAAGGGCGAAGGGAGGGGAUACCCCAUGCCCCUGUGAGAACCCCCAACCUCAGUCCAGAGGAAAAACAGUUGGCUUUGAAGAAUGCUCUGCGGUACUUUCCCCCUAUACAAGUCCACAAGAUUCUGGCACCAGAAUUUGCCCAGGAGCUAAAGCUAUAUGGGCACAUCUACAUGUAUAGAUUCUGUCCAGAUAUUGAAUUCAGGGCCUACCCAAUUCAGAACUAUCCUUGUAAGACUAAAUCAGCAGCAGCGAUAAUGCACAUGAUUAUGAACAACUUGGACCCUUCUGUAGCCCAGUUUCCCCAGGAGCUCGUGACUUAUGGAGGGAAUGGUCAAGUCUUCAGCAACUGGGCUCAGUUCAGAUUGGUCAUGUCCUAUUUGUCUGAGAUGACAGAGGAGCAGACCUUGGUCAUGUAUAGUGGCCAUCCCUUGGGCCUCUUCCCCAGCAGCCCCAGUGCACCACGACUUGUAAUCACCAAUGGAAUGGUAAUUCCGAAUUAUUCCUCCAGAAUGGAAUACGAGAAACUCUUUGCAAUGGGAGUAACAAUGUACGGACAGAUGACAGCAGGAAGCUACUGCUACAUUGGACCCCAGGGAAUAGUGCAUGGCACUGUGCUGACAGUGCUCAAUGCUGGCCGGCGCUACUUGGGAGUGGAAGACUUAAGCGGGAAGGUUUUUGUGACCUCUGGUCUUGGAGGGAUGAGUGGUGCCCAAGCUAAGGCUUCUGUCAUUGCUGGCUGUGUGGGGGUGAUAGCUGAGGUUGAUAAAGCUGCACUUUUGAAACGUCACCAGCAAGGCUGGCUGAUGGAAGUCACAGAUAACCUGGAUCACUGCAUUAAGAGACUCAGGGAAGCAAGAAAGAAGAAAAUUGUCCUUAGCCUGGGUUACCAUGGGAAUGUGGUUGAUCUUUGGGAGAGACUCGUCCAUGAGCUGGACACAACUGGGGAACUGUUAGUGGACCUCGGAUCUGAUCAAACCUCCUGCCACAACCCUUUCAAUGGUGGAUAUUACCCUGUGCAGCUCAGCUUUCAGGAAGCCAAUCAGCUCAUGGCCACAAAUCCAGCCAAGUUUCGGGACCUGGUGAAAGAAAGUCUGAAGAGGCAUGUAGCAGCAAUCAACAGACUUGCAGAGAAAAACUUCUUUUUUUGGGACUAUGGCAAUGCUUUCCUCUUGGAAGCUCAGAGAGCUGGUGCUGAUGUGAUGAGAAAGGGAGGCAAUAAAACAGAAUUCCGCUAUCCAUCUUAUGUCCAGCACAUAAUGGGGGACAUAUUUUCUCUGGGAUUUGGACCUUUUCGCUGGGUUUGUACAUCCGGGGACCCCCAGGACCUAGUGACCACAGACCUGCUGGCUACAUCCGUUCUGGAGGAAGCUAUCAAACAUGGAGUGAAAGACUCUGUGAAGCAACAAUAUGCUGAUAAUAUCCGCUGGAUCCGAGAAGCUGGGAAACACAAGCUAGUGGUAGGUUCCCAGGCACGGAUUCUAUACUCUGAUCAGAAGGGUCGUGUGGCUAUUGCUGUGGCUAUUAAUCAAGGCAUCGCUCAAGGAAAGAUUAAGGCUCCUGUGGUCCUCAGCCGAGACCAUCAUGAUGUCAGUGGGACAGACAGUCCCUUCAGAGAAACAUCCAACAUUUAUGAUGGAUCUGCUUUUUGUGCAGACAUGGCGGUGCAGAACUUCGUGGGAGAUGCCUUCCGAGGUGCCACCUGGGUGGCUUUACACAAUGGAGGUGGAGUUGGAUGGGGUGAAGUAAUAAAUGGAGGAUUUGGCCUAGUGCUUGAUGGAACUGAAGAAGCUGAACGGAAAGCUAGAAUGAUGCUCAAUUGGGAUGUGUCCAAUGGAGUGGCCCGGCGUUGCUGGUCAGGAAAUAAGAAGGCAUAUGAAAUCAUCUGCCAGACAAUGGAGGAAAACCGGAAAUUGAAUGUCACCCUUCCUUAUGAUGUGCUGGAUGAAAGCAUUUUGGGAAAAGCUCUACAAUGCUAGACAAGGAUGCAAGGAAGAAAUUAGGCCUUUUUGCUGUAUUCCUUUAACAAUAUUAAUUCUUAUCAUUUAUGCUUGCUUGCCUGAUUCUUAAUCAUUUCAAAGUGUCUUCCCAUUAAUUAUCUCAGCUAAGUACCAUUACCUGCAUUUUCCAGAGUGAGAAACUGAGACCAAGAUAGAAGUGUCAGUCCACAAGCAUUCAACAAAUGCCAUGUGUUAAGCAGAACUAGGACGAGAACUCAAGUUUCCUUGCUCCUAGUUUGUGUGUAUCUGUAGCAGAGGGACUUGGAAAAUCACCUUCCUACCUGCUACCUCAUUGUAGUAAUAAAGACCUAUGAUACUGGUGAA